AUGAUUCAAAACACUUCCAAUAAAAAGAGAGACAUGGUUGUAAUUAAUAAUGAUUACACUGGUGAUGAUGAUGAAGACAGUAGUAAUGUAGCAAUCACAUCGGAACGAUUAGCCUGUUGCGAAAUUCAAGUCCCACAACGAAAAAAUCCAAAAGCAAAGCCUUUGCGAUUUGUAGUUAUUUCCGAUACGCAUUUACUUCACGAUAUGGUUGAAGUGCAUCAAUAUACGGGCGAUGUUUUGAUUCAUUGUGGUGAUUUUACGAAUAAGGGAACCAAAGCGGAAGUGGACACGUUUUUUCAAUAUUUAUUAGAUAAAUGUGAUGGAAAGUUUAAAUAUAUCAUUAUGAUUGUGGGGAAUCAUGAGUGGGCUCCAGAUAUUGUCGUAAAUGUUAGAUUUAAAAAGUUUUUCAAAGAAAAGAAGGUAAAAUCAAGUUAUCAUCUUUUACUCGAUGAACAUGUCACGAUAUUAGAUCACAAUAAGGAAAAGAUUAAAAUUUUUGGUAGUAGAUUUAGAGCAUCAUGGAGGUUUCCACCAUUGAUGCGAGACACACUUAGAAAGACAUCAUUUCAAAUACCAAAAGAUAUUGACAUUUUACUGACUCAUUUUCCUCCUUGCAAGAAUGGACUUGACAUUGCACACAAUGAUCUUUCAAGAGGAUCUCCUCAAUUAACAGAAAUGCUUGACUCUGAAUAUUUUGAGAAUUUAAAAAUUCAUUGCUUUGGCCAUAAUCAUUGCACAAGAGGUCAUCACUAUGAAGAACAGACUGAUCGAAUGUUUGUUAAUGCAGCUUCAACGCUUAGUAAGAAACAAAAGAUUGUUGCCAAGCCUUACAUGUUUGAUUUUUAA